AUGGCCCCACGAGAUGCACUCCCAGCCCCAUCAUCCCCGAAGCAGCUGAGAAGAACUGUUUCCUACACAAGGAAACAAAUUACAGCCACUCAAACGUUUGGAUAUUCAGCUGGUCACAUUUUGAACGAUCUCUGCUCAGCAUGCUGGUUCACAUAUCUUAUAAUCUAUCAGACGGAAGUCAAGCAACAAUCGGAAAGUUUUGCUGGGAUUCUCAUGCUCGUUGGACAGGUUGCAGACGGAUUGGUCACGCCCUUGGUUGGUAUUACUAUGGAUAAGUUCGGUAUUAAAAGAUAUGGAAAACGUAAGACGUGGCACGCUCUAGGAACCUUUGCUGUUAUCAUAUCCUUCGCUUUCAUGUUCCACAAAUGCUUUGGUUUCGAAGACAGCUCCUCCCAGAUACAACAGCUCUAUUACGGAGCCUUCAUAGUUCUGUUCCAAAUCGGGUGGGCGAGCACACAGAUCUCACACUUGUCCCUAAUUCCUGUACUAACAGUUUGUAAGAAAAAAAUUGUGUUCCUCAAUUCCAUCCGCUCAUGUCUUACAUUCGUUUGUGGAAUAGUAGUGUAUCUACUAAUGGGGCUUCUACUUCACUUAGCUGGAUCUAAGGUGGAUGCUUUGGGUCCUGGAGAUGAAAGAGUUUUUUCGGUCGGACUGAUGUACAUGUUUACUCGGAUAGCAAUUAACGUACCCCAAGUUUAUCUCCCUCUUUACCUCAUCUCCACCUUAUCCCUCAAUAAAGAAAGUAUAGCUUACUUCCCUUUAGUAAUGCUUAUUUGUAGUGUGAUCGGGAGUUUCUUGACACGACCCCUGACAAAGUUGUCAGGAAAAAGAGUGGCUUAUAUUUGUGGAGCUACUCUUGUGGUGGGCAGUUCUUUCUGGUUCUAUUUCCAGUCGAAGGAUGAUCCUAACCCAACUUACGGAGCGACAGCGUGUAUUGGGGUGGGAUGCAGUAUCAUGUUGAUCUUAUCUCUCAGUAUGACAGCAGAUCUUAUCGGUGGUCACACGGACACAGCAGCAUUUGUGUACGGAUCAAUGUCCCUGGUGGAUAAACUGUCCAAUGGUAUACUAAUAGCUCUGAUACAACACUUUCAUCCAGAAAAGUGUAAUCCUGAUUUGGGACCCUGCUCGACUAAUGGAGCUCAAUACUACAGGUACACGAUGUCAGUAAUACCGGGCACUGCUGCUCUACUGGCAGCCUUGUCAACACUCCUACUAUCUUUUGUAGUCGAGAGAUGUCCCCAUACCACUCAAAUCCAAAACCAAAAUGUUGACGAACAGGGAGGUAACAAUGAUAUUGUUAUAUCUAACGCAGCUAGGGAGGUAGAGGAGCGUGAAGAUAUAGAAUCCAGUAAAGAAGACUAG